AUGCUCGCGGGGACGCGCCGUUUCUAUGGGGACCGGCAUCCACGGCAGCGGCUGCCGUUUUGGACCCUCCACCAACUGCCAGCCGGGACCCCGCCAUGUCCCGGCGGCGGUGCGCGAGCGCCGGGCUGAGCUGGCAGCAGGACCAGGCGCUGGGCAGCACCAUGCGCAUCGUGCGGGAGCUGGGCCCCACCGGCUUCGUGCUGCGGGAGGAGGGCGGGUCCGCGCACCGGGUGCUCCUGGGGGAGCCCCACGCCUGCACCUGCGCCACGUUCCUGAGGGAGAAGGAGCUGUGCAGCCACAUCUGUUGGAUAUUGUUGAAAAAAUUCAAAAUUCCAAGAAACCAUGAAUAUGCUUUUCAGCUGGGUCUUCUGGAAGGAGAGAUCAAUGACAUGCUUCAGCGAUUACAGCAAGAACAGACCCUCUCCCCAAGAGCAAACACUCUCUCCACCAAAACAUUUCAGAAAGAGGAUGAUGGAUACAUUAAUCAGAAAGAAAUUGAUGCAGAGGCUGUCUGUCCUAUUUGCCAGGAAGAGCUAUUAAAGAAAAUGUUUCCCAUCACUUACUGCAGGUACAGCUGUGGAAACAACGUUCACAUCACAUGUAUGAAGAUUUGGGCUGAUCACCAGGGUGAAUUGGAGAGUGACUCUGUGGUGAAGUGUCCCCUCUGUAGAGAAGAAUUUGCACCAUUAAAGCUCAUUUUAGAAGAAUUCAGAAACUCCACUCAGCUUGUGACUGCAGCAGAGAAAGUGAGACUUGACAAACACCUUGGACUCCCCUGUAAUAACUGCAGAGCAUUUCCAAUUGAGGGAAAAUGCUACAAGUGCACUGAGUGUAGUGAAUAUCACCUAUGCCAUGAAUGCUUCACUAGCGUUUGCCAUCCUCCACAUGUUUUUACCUUUCGACAGAAGAGAAAUCAGAGGUGGAGGUCACUUGACCAAGUUUCACAAUUGUCAACUCCAGGAGGAAAUUUAAAAAGCAUUAAUCCAGGCAGUAACUCUAAAGAAGAGAUGUUACAUCUUCAGGAGAAAUCCAGUUGCAUCCCAAAGCACAUUGUAAAAUCUUUACCUAUGAUGUGGAUUAGAAAAUGUAGCAACUUUCUUGCUCCAGGUCUCCAAUGUAGGCUCUGCUUGAAGAUCUUUUGCCUUGGUCAGUGUGCAAGACUCUUGCCAUGUAAUCACAAGUUCCACAGAGAAUGUAUUGACAACUGGUUACUGCACCAAAAAAAUGCAUGUCCUAUUGAUGGAUAUAUUGUGUAUAAUCCAUUAACCUGGAAGGAUAUAUCAGCCAUUCGUAAUGUCAGUCAGCCAGGAUCUCAAACAAAUACUACCAAACUUGUAAAGCAGAUGGAACCAGAGCUUUUCAUACCUGGAAUUGGAUUGUUCUUCAAGCAAACACUAUUAGGCCAUACACUUGAAAAAUCUCAAGAUAGCCUCCAGAGACUUCAUAACAAUAAAGAUCCACCACAUUCUCAACAGGGUUUAACUUUAAAUGGUUUAAGCUACUUUCAUUUAGGAGAUUCUGAUUCUAGUCAGCACAACGAUAGAAAUUUAAGUCUACAGUUUUCCAGGCAUGGUAAGGAUUUAGCCCAUAAGCCUUUCCAGAAAAUACUCUCUCAAAAAUCCUAUUCUGUUACAUCUAGUAAAGAUGCAAUUUCUAAUGGUACGAGAGGCUUAAAUGGAACUUGUACCAAUAAAGAGAAAGGAGCAAAAGUGUACCACGCUGACCAGGCUAACCCAAACAAAGUAGUUGCUUUUGAAGACAGGAAUAACCAUGAAAUUUCAGCAUGUGUAAGAUUUCCUGGGAAAUUGAACUUUGAGGAUAAUUUGGGGGGUACAAUUGGCUUUACGUUCCCAAAAAGGGACAAUAAGUGUGUGGGAAAAGCCAGACAGCAAAGAAGGCUUCUAGCAAGACCACCUAAGCAUAAGCCUCUGAGCCUUAAAACUACAGAAGUAGCUUUAUUAAUGGAAGGAAUUCCACUGAACAACAAGUCAUAACAUAAAGAAUGUAUGAAAUAUUUAGAAAACAGCUAUAUAUUUAUAGUUUUAAACUCAUGCUUUUUGUCUGAGUUUUUAUUUUCCAUUAGUGUAUUCCCUAGAGGCUGUUUCUACCAAGUUUAAAGGUCCUUUACACCACUGGACUGGCUUAAUGGAGUCCGAGAAUCAGCUCCAAUAACUAAGCUGAGGUGAAUAAAGUUAAGCUGAAAGCUGAAAUAUUUAUUGCAAAAACACUAAUAAUUUUAAAAAACUUACAGCUCUUAGUUGACUAGUCAAGGAUAUAAUAGAAUUUCUGAGAGAACAGGAAAGAUUUACAAAUUACAAUAUUGAAAUAAAAUAUUCAAAUUUUAACUGAGACUACAAAGUGGGCUUCAGAGUACUGUAAAGUAAGCAGAUUUGACAUACACAUCUCACUUACACUAAACACAGGAAUCCACCAUGCUAUUUUUAGUUGCUUUUCAGAGUAGAAUCACACCAUUAAAGAACAAUCAAAGUUUGAUGCACCAUUUUUUAACCUCCAAUUAACUUCUGCCAAAAAAAGGGGAACUUAAUAUGUUUGAGAGGCUACAGGGGGCCAAAUCUCAGGGUCUUUAAUUUAUCUGAAAUUAAUUGGAGCAAGUAGUUUAUCUAGUUAUAUCAAAUUAUGUCCAACUAGUAUUUACAUAUUGCUGAAAUACUAAGACUGAACCUGUCAUUUUCAAUAAAAAAGAUUUAACACAAAGAACCUAUUUAUAAUAUUGAAUUAUAUUAAAGCCAUUCUUUCUCUGCUGACAUUCUAACUCUUUUCCUAUACAUUUCCAUUGACGUAAAAACAAUAUACAAGACAUAUUAUGGUUAAAUGACAACUCAUUUUCUAAAAGUUGGUGGGCUGCUAUCUGACAUUGGACAAGGAGCUCUUAGGUAAUUUAACAAAAAUUGCGUUCAUUUUCAGAGUACAGACCAAAGGAAAAGAGUCUGUCAUCUGAGGAGUAAAUUUUUAAGAUAAUGCAUAGGAAUUUAGCCACACAACUCCCAUUAACCUUAGUGUAUAUCUGCAUCCCUGUGUCUUGUACUGUCACAGGGUAGGUACAUCCCGUCAGGGUACUGGGUCACAUAUGGACAGAAGAAAGGGAAAGGCUGCAUAGCAGUCAGUUAGGUCUCACAUUAGUGACCCUGACUGUAAACUGGGGUAGUAGGUCCUAGUGGCCAGAGUCAAUAAAGCAGCCCUCCCACUCAGGGCAGCGUGGUCUAAUAGUCCGAGUUAAGAGCGUAGCCCUUCUACUUAGGGCAGCGUGGCCAAAUAGCCCAAGUCAAUAGCACGGGCCUCCUGCUCAGGAUAGCAUAGCCUAAUAACCAGAGUCAAUAACGCAGUCCUUCUACUCAGGACAGAGUAGCUUAAGGGCCAGAGUCAAUAAAUGCGUCCACUUCUGGGGUACCCUGUGGCUUACUGGCUUGUUGGGGAAGUGGGGUGCCACCUAGGGGUAUGUGGCGCCCAGGGUAGGGGGACUUGGGCCCUCCCUGCUCCUCCACGUCCCAGCCCAUGGCCCUGGCAGUGAUGGGAGUGCUCACCACCAAGUCAGCGGGGAUCCUCCCAAAACAUGCUGGCCGGUUCCCUGGUUCACUCACGGGAGCAAAAUCUAAGUCCCCGGGCCGCUUCCUACCCUUUCUCCCUCAGCGAUGCUCCAUGGUUCCCUUGGGUCUCUGAGGUCCUCAAGCUGUGUAGCUCCUGCUUGUGUGUCCUCUUCUCUGGGUUUGUCAGGCAGCCUGGAGUCCAUCUGGAGCUGUGUGUGACAUGAGUCUGUAAUCGAGGCCUGUAGCAACUCCCUGAAGAGAUCCUGCAUUCUGUGUCAUCCGACUUCAGCAGCCUGCCCAGACUGAGGUGGGCUGCUUCCUUUUAUACUCUGCCUCCAAGCGGAGCAUGUGCAGCAGGGUCUGAGGGGUGGGGCUUCCUCAGCCUGCAAAGCACAGUUAACCCUUUGGGGGCUGGUGCAGGGUAGGUACACCCCAUCACAUGUACCAAUGAGUUAAUCAAUUACUAAUACACUAAACAGAAAAACUUCAAGUAUUAAAAUGUAGAUAUUUGUGAUAGCAAACCACAAAUUUUUUUUAUGAUUUGGUACUGAUAAAGUGAGAAAUGGGAGGUGAUUUUAUGAAACUUACUCAAAUAAUUUGACAUCUGUCUUUUCCCAGCCAUCUUUCAUUGCUUUGGUCUUUAAAUCAGAUGCUGUAGAUUUUGGUAGUGCUUGCAAACUCUCUAGUUGCAAUAUUUUAUUGCUAUCUUCCAUCCAGUUGCUUCAGAUUAUAUUUAAUGAGAUCCAUCAAGUAUGCUAUGAUGUAGUGUCUCUGUUUUAAUGUUUUUGUUGUAUUUUUUUUUAAAGUACAACAAUCUACCACUAGAACUCAACAGAGCCUUUAAUUUUGCAAGUAUUUAUUUGCAGAUACAAAUCAGGUGGGGACCCAUCAGAUGUAACUUUGAGAAAAUGUGGCCCUCUUUAUUCAUAGAAGUGGAAAUAAUCUAUUAAAAGUCUAUGAUUCCCAGUAAAAAGAAAAGUAGUUCUUCUAAUUUAUAGCAUAUGUCUAAUGAGAUUACAGUGGUAAUGGGAUGCAUUUUGUUGAAUUAUUGAAAACAUACUGGAUAUGAAACUGUCAGUCAGGUGAGUGGCACAUAAAGUCAUUACGUACAACCAGGGAACUUCCCAAUAUUUAAUAGGUCAGAAUUUAAGAAUAUUUAAGCAACUAAUGAGUGAGCUCUACUUAAUUCACUAACAGUCUGAAGUCUUGUGUUAGAGGGAGCAUUCUUGAAUGUAUAUGGUUUCCUCUCUUGAUAAGAGAAAUCAGAAAAAUGGGUACCACUGAAGGGAAGAAGCAAACACACUCACUGAAUACAGCUGAAGAUUUGAGUGACUCCUGAGUGACAUUUCAGGACACUUUUUAAAAGUGCAUUUAUAAAGUGGAGGGGAGAACAGAAAAAAGAAACAAAAAAAGUAAAGAAAUGAAGGG